AGUGAGUGAGAGAGAGAGAGAGAGAGAGAGAGAGAGGGAUAGAUAGAUAGAUAUUAAAAUCUCUUCCGCAAAUAAAAUCUCGCCGCCCGACAAUCUCGGUACGGUUGAUCGCCGUCCCGUGAUACGAGAAGACGCGAUCUGUGCGUACGGACGCACGAGCAUUAGCAGAAGUAAGGACGUGUAUACGCGACAGCGUCAGCGCGCUUUGUUUUCUUUCUCUUACGGCAUCGUAAAAUCUCGCAAGUCAACGCGUUAUUAACGCUUGUUGUUGAUAAACGGAGUGACUCCGAAGAUUCGCGACGACGUAGUAACGACGUGCAUCGUUCGUUAUCAUCGUUAGCGCUUUAUUUAAUAUUUCUUUUUUAGCGAGAGCGAUUUGUUUGAUGCGCGAGUUCCCGAGCAUCGUGAAAAAAAUCUAUUAUCUGCGGUGUUUAACCUUACCCUUACCCUUGCGCGAAAUGUCAUUGGACGUAUCUCUCUCGUUGAUGUGUUUACUGUUUGCAAUUUGAUCCUAAAUGCUGAAGUGUUCACAACAUACAAAUGAAUACGUAAUCUGUAUUGAAAUAUUACCUGAAAUGCACCUGAUCAUUUAUUUAAGAUGCAUUUAAUCAAAUUCAUUCAUCAGUGAGUACAUAUUUGGCAAAGUUGGAGAGUGAUGCCGGUUCAUCAGAUUAAUGUUAAUCCGCCUGACUGGCAACCACCCUUGUCAAUUGGUCCUUCCAAUAACACAAGUCCUGCUGGUGGAGAAAGUUUACCAGAAUGGACACCACGGGAAUCGAGUUAUGCCACAGUAGUUACUAUUAUACCGGAUCAUUGUCAUUCAUCUGUAAGCACAUUAUCCUCGACCAACCAUGAUAUUUGCAGGAUCUGCCAUUGCGAAGGCGAAGAAGGUGCCCCUUUAUUAGCACCUUGCUAUUGCAGUGGCAGCUUGCGUUAUGUGCAUCAGGCUUGUCUUCAACAAUGGAUAAAGGCUUCGGAUACGCGCGCCUGUGAAUUAUGCAAGUUCACAUUUAUUAUGCAUGCCAAGACAAAACCAUUUUGCGAAUGGGAGAAACUUGAAAUGUCCGCACUAGAAGUGCGAAAAUUAUGGUGCGCGGUCGCUUUUCACGCUGUAGCCGCUCUUUGCGUAGCAUGGUCGUUGUAUGUGCUUGUCGAGCGAUCCGUGGAAGAAGCUCGUCGUGGAUUCGUCGACUGGUCUUUCUGGACUAAAUUAAUAGUCGUCGUAAUCGGUUCUACCGGUGGUUUAGUCUUCAUGUAUAUUCAAUGCAAAGCGUACAUUACAUUAUGCAGAAAGUGGCGAGCGUUUAAUAGAGUAAUAUUUAUUCAAAAUGCUCCCGAAAAAGUGGUGCUUCCUCCGUCACCUACAGACUCUUUGAGAGAGGUCACCUUGCCCCUGAAGGAUCCAACUGCCUCGAUGGCCGAGCUCAACCGCACUCUGCUACCCCGUACCAUAGAUCCUCCAUGUGCCUCGCAGAUGUCGAAGACCGAUUCUGCAGCACCACAAAGGCACGACGCUCAAUUGAAACUUUAUGUAUUCGACAAAUUGUCUUCGUCCGAGGACAAUCUAUAAUAUCUAACUUUGAAGAUGGAAAGCAUCGUACGUAAAAUCGCGCGUUAAAGGUGAUUAAGAGAUUAGCCAAAUUUUCAGUUCAAAAGGAAAAAGGAGAAGAGCGCGUUUUCGGACGGAACUGGAUAAUUUUAGGCUAUACGAUUUCGGAAAUGGAAUUAUUCUCGUCGAAAUCGUCGAAUAUCCGCCCUCGUGCAGCACCUUUCUUUUCUCGAAACUUAGUACUUCAGUGCUUACAGUGUUGACAGUGAGAUAGAGAUGAAAGUGUACAGCUCUCGGAUGCUGGUGCUUUCUUAUGUACAUAAUUAUUGUAUCUGUGAUGUUAUUAAAUAAACUUUACCAUAUUUAAACAAUA